AUGGGGCAGUGGGAGGAGGAUGGGGCAGGAGGAGGAUGGGGCAGUGGGAGGAGGAUGGGGCAGUGGGAGGAGGAUGGGGCAGGAGGAGGAUGGGCAGUGGGAGGAGACUGGGGCAGGAGGAGGAUGGGGCAGGAGGAGGAUGGGCAGUGGGAGGAGGAUGGGGCAGUGGGAGGAUGGGGCAGUGGGAGGAGGAUGGGGCAGUGGGAGGAGGAUGGGGCAGUGGGAGGAGGAUGGGGCAGUGGGAGGAGGAUGGGGAACAAGAAACAGGAGGAUAUAAACAUAAAGAACGAAAUAACAGAUGAGAAGGAUAAUGAGGAAAUUUUCCGAGAAUUUUAA